GCGGCCGGGAAGGAGAGCCCCGUGCGCCCGGGCGUUACUGAGCGACUGUGUUGCUGUUCGGGCUCGGGGGCGCAGCUGCUCCCGCCUCCGGGGAGCUCUAGGGUAUUGAGAGUCACGUAUUACCCAGAUCUGCCGUUUCUCUGCACCUGUGUGUAACGCUGCGGCUCUAGCCCCUGCUCCAGGUCAGAGACCGAGCCCGUGACUUGCACACGGCCUUACAUGGCUCGGUCUCUUGCACAUUCUUUAGCGUCAUCUUGCAGUAUAGUCCCUUGGCUAUGCUGCAGCCUUCUUUAUCCUUUCUAGAACACGUUUUCGUACAUACUGCUAGUUUCGUGAUUUCCCGUUUAACCUAGUUGAUACCUGUUCUUAAUGUCUCUUUCGACUAAACUCUUGAAGGAAAAAGAAUCUUCACUCUUAACUCCUGUUGAACACUUAGUCUGGGAGUCAGUGUACAUGUGAUGUGUUUGUUGAAUGAAGUACAAAUAAGUGUAAUCUCAGACUGGGAGAAGUUGUGUACAAAAAGGGACUCCUUUGCUAGUGGAGUGUGUAAGGGGCUAGGGACCCCACCUGGUCUGCAAGGGGUUCUGAUCCAAGGAUGAGCUGGAAUUUCCUGGGUCCCAAAGAGUGGUCAGGUGACUGGAGAGUGCUGCUGGUGAAGAAUUCCAGUUACAAAGAUUUUGAGGUUGGAGACGAAUAUUCAGAGGAAACAGGCCAGUGUGACUAAGUGGACUUGGCCAGGAUAAGAAGCCCCUGGCCUUCUCUGAGAUGGAGCCUAGGUGAUGACAGCCAUGCCCCUGAAUGCCCGGCACCAGGAUGAGGUGACCUUCAAGGAUGUGGCUGUAUACUUUACUUGGACAGAAUGGGCUGACCUUUCCCCUGCCCAGAGAGCCCUGUACAGGAUUGUGAUGCUGGAGAAUUAUGGGAACUUGACUUCCCUGGGAUACCCAGUUCCAAAACCUGCACUGAUAUCACUUCUGGAGGAAGGGGAUUUGCCUUUGGGUCUGCAAGCACAGGAUGCUGAGACCAACAUUGGCAAUGACUCCACACAGGAAACAGCUGAAGACAGAGACAUGCUGAUGUCAUGUCGGCUGCAGAAGAGGGUCUCUCAGAGAGCUGACUCCUUGAAAAGACGCAAACUGGAGAAAUACCAAGAAAACACUGGGAAUAUACGAGAGAAGGUUCCCAAAAUUCAAUAUGCAGAGAAAUCGUUCAGAUGUGAAGAGUGUGGGAAAUACUUCAGUUAUUUUUCUUACUAUCUUAGACACCAGAGGAUCCACACUGGAGAGAAACCCUUUGAGUGUAACGAGUGUGGAAAAGCCUUUAAUGGAAAUGCUUCAUUAAUUCGGCAUCAAAGGAUCCACACUGGAGAGAAAGCCUAUCAGUGUGAGGAGUGCGGGAGAGCCUUUAAUGAUAAUGGAAACCUGAUCAGGCAUCAGAGAAUCCACAGUGGGGACAGACCCUAUCACUGUGCAGAGUGUGGAAAUGGUUUCACCAGCAGUUCUGAGUUCGUUAUACAUCAGAGGAUCCACACAGGGGAGAGACCUUAUGAGUGUAGUGAAUGUGGCAAAGCUUUUGUUGGUAAUUCCCCACUAAUUCGGCAUCAGAAAAUCCACACUGGAGAGAAACCCUAUGAGUGCAAUGAGUGUGGCAAAAGCUUUGGAAGGAAUUACCAUCUUAGUCAACAUCAGCGAAUUCACACCGGGGAGAAGCCUUAUUCUUGUAAAGUAUGUGGACAGGCCUUCAGUUUUCAUACAAAACUAACUCGGCACCAGAGAAUUCACAGUGGGGAGAAACCCUUUGACUGUGUAAAUUGUGGAAAAGCCUUCAGUACUCGGGAGCAAUUAAAAAGACAUCUAAGAAUUCAUAUUCAGGGGUCUUCGUAUGUAUGUGAUAAGUGUAGAAAAGUCUUCACUAGCAAAAGGAAUCUUCUUCAGCAUCAGAGAAUCCAUACCAGAGAGAGACUCUUUGAAUUUCGCAAGUAUGAGAAAACCUUUAGGACUUCUUCCCAGCCAGGUCAUCAUGAACCUGUCCACUCUGGAGAGAAGCCUCUGCUGGACAUGUGUCAUUUUGGCCUCCCAGAAUUUUUUACCCCUUUUUACUGGUAAUGGGACACUUCCCUAAUGAAUCCCAUUUCAUUCCACUCAGGUGUGGGGUGUGGCACUGGCAUGGUUCAGCUGCAUGUUCGUUAUCUCAAAGCACAGUUACUGGUUCAGAUGUCAGUCGGUAAUCCAGGAUAGGAUGUCUAGUUGGCGUCCCAGGACCUGGCAAGAGAGCUAAUAGAAGAUACUCUUGUUUUUGCAUUGGUUUAAAAGCUGGGAGAAGCUCUUGAAUUCUUGUGGCAACUGAGAAUAAAGUCAACACAGCAGAAGAUCUUGAGAGCAAUAAAAAAAAAAUCAGUAUCAGAAAAUAUGUUGGAGAGUAAUCAAAUCCUGAAGAUUUUGUUUGAACAACUACAUUAAACCAUAGCUGAAACUAGAAA